AUCUUUGGUGAUUCUCCUAAUAAAAUUAGAAUACACUUCCCCACAGAACUGCAGCUGCAAAGUCUCUCUCUCACGCGCGCGCGCGCACACACACAAAGACAUGCGACUCUCCCACCAUCCCCUCAAAGCACACUCCUUUUUCGCUCCACAGCUCUUUCUCAGAAGAUGUCCAUUCCGAUCUCUCACACCCUCUUCUCUACCCACUUAUCUGAGCUCCUCAAGGCGCAACCUUUCAUUGAUCAAAGUUCUGCUUCCCCUCUCCGCCAAUUCGUCUCUCCAUUUCCCAGCUUGCAGAGCCCAAAAUGACCCUAACCAUUUCCCCCUCGCGAUUCAUUCCAUUUCAGAAGCGGCAAAAUCAAGUAUUGGAGGAAAUGACAAUGCAGAAAUAGAGGAGAAGGAGAAGGAUAGGGCGAGCUUUUGGGGGGCCGUCAGCCUUAUAAUCGGCACGGCUGUCGGCCCUGGAAUGCUUGGCCUUCCCUCUGCCACCAUCAAAGCAGGCCCCUUCCCCUCCACUUUAGCCAUCAUUCUUUCUUGGGUCUACGUCAUCUCCUCCAUCGUCCUCGUCGCCGAGCUCAGCUUCGCCGCAAUGGAGGAAGAUAGAGUCAAAGAGACCAGCUUCACCUCCCUCGCGACCAGGGCUCUAGGACCGAGCUUCGGGGCCUUUGUGGCCAUCGUUUAUGCCUGUCUCAGCUUCUCUCUCUUGAUAGCUUGCGUCUCAGGGAUCGGCUCGCUGGUUUCUCAGCAGUUUCAGACCAUGAAUCCAAUCGUAGCUCAUGCUUUGUUUCCCUGCUUUGUUGGCGUUGUCAUUGGGCUAUUUCCUUUUAAGGUCAUCGACUUCACCAACCGGCUGCUCUGUGUUCUGAUGCUCUUCUCCAUCUCGACACUUGUAGCCAUUGGAUUGUCCAGUGGGAGAAGUAAUUUGGUACUGUCUUUUACUUUUGCUUCAUGGCAGCCGGAGGUUAUCAUGCCAGCGAUUCCGGUCACUGUGCUCACGCUGGGCUUUCAUGUGAUUACUCCCUUUAUUUGCAAGCUUCUCAGACAUUCAGUUUAUGAUGCUCGAAAGGCUAUACUAUUUGGUGGCUUUGUUCCAUUGGCAAUGGUUCUUUCAUGGAAUGCGAUUGUUCUUGCGCUGGCUGGUGGUGGAAGUAGUAGUUUUCAAGACCCCAUUAAGCUGCUUCUCUCUGUGAAUGCCUCUGCUUUGCCGGCCGUUCAAGGUUUUGCUUUUGCGGCAUUAGCAACAAGCUUGAUUGGAUAUGCUGUAAGCUUCCCUAAACAGCUACUUGAUACUGUUACAUUGAUUGCUCAAAGGUUGAAAAGGAAAGAGAUGGAGCUGGUAAUAUCCCCAAGCGGGGAUCAGAUCUUAAUGGGUGGUGACCACAUCAAAUCCAAAGUUGCUAGAGGUAUGGGAAUUAGAGGGGAAGCUUCUUCUGUUGGUAGUCCCGAGAUUGACCCUAAUUUUUUGAUAGAGGAUGCAACAAGUAAGACUAACAGAGAUGGCAGCAAAGAAGAUAUUUGCAGUGAGAGCUUCAGCGGUUCAGUUCCUUUUGAUGUCGGUUGGAGUAGUAUUUUCGUGACUUGGAUAGUUCUAAUUGUGCCCAUCUUCAUAGCAUCUUUCUUCCAAGCAGCUUUUGCAAAAGCUCUGGAUUUUGCUGGAGUCUAUGCAAAUUGUUUUCUAUUUGGGGUUCUUCCACCAGCAAUGGCUUGGAUAAAUAGACGACGGAAGAGACAUAGAUCAGCUAUGUCUAGAAGUGAUUUGCUGCCUGGUGGUAAUUUGGUUCUUUUACUAUUAUUUGCUAUUGCUGUCAUACUGGGAUUCUGGCAUUAGGUGGCUAGUAUCAAGAGGUACUGCAAUGUGAGGUUCCUCUAUUUGCGAAUUCGAUGACAACAUUUCUUAUACAAGAGUUGUAUUCAUUUGUUUGCAAUUCAUAAAUAAGUAAAAUCGCUUUAGUUUGAAUAUUGUGAUAUUUGAGGUUGGCUCCACGCCUGUGUUAUAUUUUCUUCGAAGCAGUUGUAGCAGUUCUGUUAAUGGACAAUGGAUGGUAUAUCUUUUGUUA